AUGGAAAGAGAAAAAUACAAACCAACUCAGAAAAAAGAUUAUCUGGAUUCUUCUCACCAAUAUCUUCCAAGGAACUACAAAAAAAAUACGGAGCAACAACUAAACAAACCAAAUUUGCCUAUGGUGAUAUCUAUGGAGGAAGAAGAUGCACACAUCACACAAACAUUUUUACAAGAAUGUCUCAAUAGCCAGCUAUUACAAAUAACAUUAGAAAUUUCAAAAAUUUCUGAAAAGCUACAAAUAGAUAUACAAGAAAUUAAAGAAAAAGUCAAUGUAAUAGAAUUAAACAUGGAAGUCAUUCCAAAGAAGCAACAAUCAACGAAAGAAACAACAACUAACCUAACCGAUAAAAUAGAAAAAUUGGAAGCAAAAGUCAGCAAUAUGGAUAAUCGAUCCAGAAGAUCAAAUCGAAUGAUAAGAAACAUCCCUGAAACCAGACAACACAAGAACAAUUAA